GUGGCGCGUGCCCGUAGUCCCAGCCACUCGGGAGGCUGAGGCUGGAGGAUCGUGGGCCCAGGAGUUCUGGGCUGCAGUGCGCUAUGCCGAUUGGGUGUCCGCACUAAGUUCGGCAUCAAUAUGGUGACCUCCCGGGAGCGGGGGGGCCACCAGGUUGCCUAAGGAGGAGUGAACCGGCCCAGGUCGGAAACGGAGCAGGUCAAAACUCCCCAUCCAGGGGAUGCUGGAGCUGUCAGCAAGGAAAAGGUCACAGGUGGUUUCAGAUGACCUAGAUGACACCCUGGAUCCGUUAAUGGUUAGUUGACAGUAAGAGGCUCACAUAUCAGGAGAGAAGGGAAGAUGCUCUCUAAAAGCAAGAUGAGAACAAUAACAGAAAAAGUACCCCAACACGGCCCCCACCCUGUGCAACCGGGACUUGCAACCGGAGCCUGGUUCCUUCAGUGUCCAUUUGACCCCCACCCCCAUCCCCGGUGAAGGCACACUGCACCCGGCACCCGUCUCUGCCUCGCCUGAGUUAGUCUAAGGGAUUUCAUUUCCCUGUGCUGCCAUAGCAACCAGGAAACAACCUCCGCGCAGAGGAGAAGGAUGGUGCUGUGGCCGAGAUCCGUAGAUGCACAGGGCUGGUAACAGAGCAACCGAGACCCAGGGACAACAAGAGCUCAGGCGAAGGGAGAGACAGGUUGCACAGAGUGUAGAAAAUCCAGGGCUUGAGGUAUCUGGCUAUGCGGUUUAUUUUUUGCUCCACAAAGACACGCAGUGUCUAAACUGUGUGGCUUGUUGUUAUUAAGAAGCUGCUGCGAGAAGGAAAAAUGUAUUUCAUAAAAGGUCCAGUGUUUGUGGUCUUCUUGGGCUUGCUGUGAGCUCUGGAAAUCUUGAGGUGUGACCAGAUUUCAGCCUUCAAAACCAAGAUGAACUGCCCUUGAGAGGGGGUGGUCAGAGUUUAACAUGUUCAGGCUCUCCCUCCUGAGCCGGGGCCACGGGAAGCUGGGCCAGGACAAACAGAAGUUAGAAGUCUACUUUGAACCAGAGGAUUACUUGAACUGGAAGUCCUCAGAAGACUAUGUUCUUGCCAGCAAACCUAAAGAUGAGGACAAUGCCAACCAGCACUCCUGGAGCCUCUUUCUCCCUAAAACUUUCAGCACUAGAAAGGGUGCCCUGAUCCUCUACUCAGAAGGUUUAGCCAUUCCAGCAUGGACACACAAAGAGAGGGGAAAAGGGCCCUAUCGCCCCAAAGGUCUCUGGAGGAAGCUGGAUCUUGAACUGUACACACUUCAAGACCUCAAAGAAGCCAUCCUGGCAUAUGGAAGGCAACAGGGGGAGCAGGACAGAGCCUGGCAACCAUACCUCCACUUCCGAAGUCAGCUGGAGAGCCAGGCCCAACGGCAGAUCCAGCCAGGGCAUUCAGCCAAGAGAUACCUCCGAGGCCUCCUGCAGACUCGGCCCCCAGACGCCAUGUACAGGCUCUGGUGUGCAGGAUACAUCAAGGAUUCUGUGCUGCUCCAGGACAGUCAACUUAAUGUACCAAAGAAGCUCAGGCCACAGCAGGAUCUUUCAGGUGUACCCCCAAAAUACCAUCUCCUGCCUGUCUUCCCUUCAUGUUGGAUUCAACAAGGAAAAUCUUUUGAACAAGGUCAACAGGGCCUGAAUGAAGGGGAAGCUGAAGCUGCUGGACACCUGGACCAGGACCCUCUAGCCAAGAACCACGGCCUUCAGGGGACUCGCUUGCUACCAUUCAGGAAGCAGUCCUGGCCGGAAGAUGAAACACGGGCAGAAGACACGUCAACAGAGAAUCACCUUCGUUUACAUGCUUCAAAAAGCUACAGUGAAAAGACACAGCAAACCUUCAGGAAGGCCUUUGGGCAUGGCCACAUGGAUCACUCUUGGCUCCCGAGUGACAAAUCCCACAUUACCUUCUGUGGAGGCGCCUUCCCCAAUAGGAAGGCAGAUCUCCGUGAUAAACAAAGGAACAUGAAACUCCACAAGGCCAGAAUCGGCCACUUGUUACAGGAGCUUCCUGCUGAAAGAUGCCUCUUCCCUCCUGUAGUAACUGCCACUGGCUCCGGAAUAAACCCCCCUGGAGAAGCGAAGAAGAAAAAGGCACCAAAGGCUUUGAAAUUACCUCCUAUCUCAGAAGAAUCACCCAGAGUCUUGGAGCCCCUGAAGAGCCAAUUUAAAACCAAUGAGCCCCCAACAGAGCUCUUCAUCUUCCCAAUGGAGAUUCAUUACCACACCCGACACCCCCUAAAAGAAAAAACCCACAGAAGAGGUGCUCCACACCCUGAGUCAGAACCAGAAAUAAACGAAGAGGCCAGGCCUGUGUGGAAACUGCCCUUGAAGCAUGCGUCCUUAGAAAAGCCAAGGGAGCUAACGGUGCAUCUCCCAGUGGACAUGGGCAGGGACUCACUCUUGCCUCAAGAUGAUGAUGCCCCGCCCCACAAUGUGAUCCCACCACUAGAUCUUCUACCCCCGAUUAAAGGAAAAAAACGUCCUGCAAGCCAGAACGGCCUGGACAGCCCUAGGACAUCAGGCCACAGCAGCCCCCCAAGUUUCCCGAACGUGAGAGCACCCGGAAAGGCACUGCCAGCAGGUCAAGAAGAUUCCAGCAACCCCACACUAGGACACUUCUUGCUGGGUCCAGAUGGAGAAAAAGUCUGCAUAUCCCUCCCAGGGCCUACCCAGACCAAGGUGUUUCCAUCCGGUAAAGCAGACACUGAAGCUAGAGCCGAUCUUCACAUGAAUCUUUAUGAAACCUCACCGUUGACCCAAACAACAGAGAAGCAGGGAGCCCAGCAGUCCUUGGAGGCAGCAGCUCAGAAGACAGGAGAGCCUCAAAGUUGUAUAAAUAAAGGGCUGAUAUGUUCAAACAGAAAAGAAUUUUACACGCGCAAGCUGCACAUCGACAUGACGCCGUUCCUGAAGGAAAGUAGAGAGGCACUGGACUAUCAGGAAGAAGCAGGAAGAUCCCUCAGAGAAACUCAUCACGAUGACCAAGACCCAGAGCCAAGGAGUAUGACCCUUGACUCUCUCAGUGCUUCCCAGACUGAGCACAUCCAGACUCCAGACGCAGAUACUGUGCAAAACGUGGGCAGAGAUUAUGAUGUACACCACCUCCACAGAGGACUUCUGAGACACAGGCCUGAGUCACCAGAGAGGUUGAGUGCUGUGUAUACAUCUCUUCUUCCAAGAGAAAGAGAAGGGAAGGCUGAACCAAGACUGUUUAGCCAGGAGACAGCUAGCAUCAGUCACGAGAGGGAUCUGAUUGACAAAGCCAAGAGAAAGAAAAAACCCAAGACAGACAAAACCAAAGCACUCAAGAGAGAGAGAGAAGGAAAGAUCUACAGGGAAGCAGAGGCUGCUGUCGGAAAAUCAAAGGACUCAAAGGCUAAAAAAAAUUUAGAAAAAAAAUCAGGAGCCCAAAGGAAAAGGACACAGAAGGAAAGAAAUCUGGAGAAAGCGGCAGAGCAGACUGGGCCUGAUGUCAUUCACUCUGAGGAAACAGAAGACACCUCAAAUAGAGGUUCCUUCGCAUCAGACUCCUUCGUAGAGGACCCUUGGCUUUCUCCCAAAUAUGAUGCUCAGGAGACCCAAGUUUCUCUAGAUGGAAGAUCAUCACCCUCCCAGAUUGCAACUGUCACUGGCAACAUGGAAUCUAAAGAAGAGAGAAGCUGUGAGGACCCUUCCAAAGUCAAGUCUGAUGUCCUCAGCUUGACAGAGGGAGUUCUGUCCUCACUUGGCACAAGUGCAGAGGCCCUCCUCACUAAGAGGGAACAGGAGAAGGCUUCCCAGGACAGGCUUCGAACAGAAAGAGCCGAGAUGAGGCGGCUGGAGGUGGAGAGGAAGAGAAGGGAGCAGGAAGAGCAGAGGCAGCUCCAGCAGGAGCAGCUGGAGAGGGCAAAAAAGAUGGAGGAGGAGCUGGAGCAGGAGCAGCAGAGACGCGCAGAAGAGAUCCGCUUGAGGAAACAGAGACUCCAAGAAGAACAGCAGCGGCAGGAGGAGGAGGAGAGAAAGCAGCAGCUCCGGUUGAAAGCAGCCCAGGAGAGAGCUCGGCAACAGCAAGAGGAGUUUCGGAGGAAACUACAAGAACUACAGAGAGAAAAGCAACAGAAGGAAGCUGAGAGGGCCGAGGCAGAGAAGCAAAGGCAAAAGGAAUUGGAAAUGCAGUUAGCAGAAGAACAAAAACGUCUGAUGGAAAUGGCUGAAGAGGAACGACUGGAGUACCAGCAGCAGAAACAGGAAGCGGAAGAGAAGGCUCAGCUGGAGGCAAAGGAGAGGAGGCAAAAGGAAGAGGAAGCAGCAAGACUCGCUCUGGAAGAAGCCACAAAACAAGCCCAGGAAAAGGCCAGGCAAAAAGCUGCUUUGGCGAAACAUCUUCAUUUCCAUCAAGAACUCCAUAAGGAAGCCAGUAGUCUGCAGUGGACACACAACAUUUCCAGACCAUGGGUUUACUCUUAUUUCCAGUUCCUACAAAUACCCAGGCCUUAAGGCUAGAAGAAAACUAAAGAGUAAGUUGGGAGGUGGUGACAAAAAGAGAAACUUCCCUUUAUAAUAAAGUUCCAAGGGCCAGGCAUGGUGGCUCAUGCGUGUAAUCCCAACAUUUUGGGAGGCUGAGGCAGGAUGCUUGCCUGAGGCUGGGAGUUUGAGACCAUCCUAGGCAACAUAGUGGAAACUCCGUCUUUAUAAAAAAAAAGUUUAAGCCGGGCGCGGUGGCUCACGCCUGUAAUCCCAACACUUUGGGAGGCCGAGGCGGGUGGAUCACGAGGUCAAGAGAUCGAGACCAUCCUGGUCAACGUGGUGAAACCCCAUCUCUACUAAAAAUACAAAAAAAUUAGCGGGGCACAGUGGCGCGUGCCUGUAAUCCCAGCUACUCAGGAGGCUGAGGCAAAAGAAUUGCCUGAACCCAGGAGGCGGAGGUUGUGGUGAGCCGAGAUCGCGCCAUUGCACUCCAGUGUGGGUAACAAGAGCGAAACUCCGUCUCAAAAAAAAAAAAAAAAAAAUUUAAUUAGCCAGGCAUGGUGGGGUAUGCCUGUAAUCCCAGCUACUCAGGAGGUUGAAGCAAGAGGAUCGCUUGAGCCUAGGAGUUCCAGGCUGCACUGAACUAUGAUGGUGCCACUACACUGCAGCCUGGGUGAGAAUGAGACUGUCUGUUAAAAAAGUUUCAUCCUGUCUCAGUGCCUCCCCGCUCUGCAUCCCCUCCCCACCUCCCACAAAAAAGUUUCAUCCUGACCCCAUUUAGUUCCAUCUGGUUAACCUCAAACCAACCUGACACUCUUUACUCUGAAACCUCCAUUUCCACCACCCCUCAACAACUCACACACUUUGUUCAACCCAAUUGAACUCUUCACUCACCUAAAUCCUUUAUGUUCUUCAGAACCAUAUAAAUCCAGAAGCCUUGGUGCCUAAAACUGCCCAUAAUUUCAGUAUGAAACACUAACAUGGUCUUAGGAUAGUCAAAGUAUUUCAUUUCAGUCAAUGUGUCUGAAAGAGUUACAGAAAAAUGAAAACUGUGUAGUGCAAAUAAUUUUGAAUUAGCUCAGAGAAACUAAUUUAUAUAUUCAAAUAUGUUAGGAAUUUUAUUAAACAUCUCUCUGUAAAGCAGAACCACAACCAUUUUACCCUAAGGAUCUAAAACUUAAUGUCUAUUUAGAACAAUGUAUAUUUGCAAUCACUUGAUAAAUGUUCAUUUCAGCAAAAUGAGCUGUUUUGUGAAGCCAUUGUCCUAUCCUCAAAGUAUAGUUUCUAGAGCUGCACUGUUGAGUAACACAGCACCAGCUAUAUGUAGCUAUUUAAAUUUGUUAAAACACUCUUCAGUCACAACAGCCCCAAUUUAAGUGCUCAGUGGUCAUGUGUGGCUACUGGCUACUGUACUGGACAGCACAGAUGUAGAAUAUUUCCAUGAUAGGAAAUUAUAUUGGGCAGCAUUAUUCUAGAGGCCUGAACAUUAAUAAAUCUUGAGUUUUAGCCCCUGUGCCUUGAAGAAUUAACCACUCACAAAAUUUCUCCAGUUGAAAAAUUAUUGACUCUACCAGGAUGUCUUUUUUUUUUUAAACAUCCUCGCUCUAUAACCCAAGGUAGAGUGCAGUGGCACAAUCACAGCUCACUGCAGUCUUGACUUCCUGGGCUCAAGCAAUCCUCCCACCUCAGCCUUCCAAGUAGCUGAGACUACAGGCAUGCACCACCACAUUUGGCUAAUUUGUGUAUUUUUAGUACAGAUGGGGUUUUGUCAUGUUGCUCAGGCUGGUCUCAAAUUCCUGGGCUUGAGUGAUCUGCCUGCUUCAGCCUUCCAAAGUGCUGGGGUCACAGGCAUGAGCCACUGUGCCAGGCCCAGGAUGAGCCUGGAUUAGAUAUUUAUCUUUAACAACUCUCUUUUAGUAUUUAAUAAACUAUCCCUUUAACAAAUGGAUGAUGAAAGAUAUUUUUAGCAUACAAGUUAUAUACAAAAAUGUUAUUUAAAUCCACAGCAUCUGAACCUGAAUUUUUUCACAAAUUUCUUUUGGCCCUACUCGAUACUUUACUGUCUACAGAUGAAAAACUUAAUAUUUAUAAGUAAUUACCUCCAAUUCCUCUACAGAAAUUACACCUCUACAACCCAGAAAUCAAACCUGUUUGAAUUCUGUAUUGCUGUUAUUGGACUUGCUUAGAUUUGAUCUUUAUUUUAACUCCUUGUUUUAUAUAAGAAUUAAAUAGAAAUAAAAUAGUCAAACACUAGAUACUAUCAGUCACAGUAAACUUCAGUAUGUCAUCUAAACAUUUUCUCAAGCUUGUAGACCUUAACUGCACAUUCAUUCAUUCAAUCAAUUCAUUCAACAGUACUUAAUCAGGUAAGAAAGGAACAUCUCAAAUAAUUCAGCCCACAACAGAACAAACACAAGGAAAUCAUCCUUGUGGGGAAAAUUACCAUUGCUGACUUUAGUUUCUCCCUUCUUUUACAGAUUUAGAUGUUGCAUCAAGCACCAGAUAAAAGUGGCUUCACUAAAUUUUAUUCAAGGUCCCUUAAGAAAUCUGAUAAUCUGUUAAAAUUUUUGUUGUGAAAUGCCUAUUUAUCAGCACUGCUAAUCAGAUAAGCACAUGUUUAAGUUAAACAUAGCAGAGUGCAGUGCAUUUAGAAGAAUCCAAAAAACUAAAAACAAGAAAAUUAUUUCCCCAGUAGCUAAAUCACACCACCUAAAUCCUGAGAGCCUUCAGACAUUUAGAGAUGCAAACAAAAUUGAGAUACCAAACUGGCCGGGGCAUGGUGGCUCACAUCUAUAGUCAGGAGUUCACGAACAGCCUGACCAACAUGGAGAAACCCUGUCUCUACUAAAAAUACAAAAUUUAGCUGGGCGUGGUGGUGCAUGCCUGUAAUCCCAGCUACUCAGGAGGCUGAGGCAGGAGAAUCACUUGAACCCAGGAAGUGAAGGCUGCAGUGAGCCAAGAUCGCGCCACUGCACUCCAGCCUGGGCAACAAGAGUGAAACUCUUGUCUAAAAAAAAAAAGAUACCAAACUAUAGAUUCACAUAGUUCAAAUACCCAGUCAGAUCUGUUUUUCAGUCUUGACAGAAAUAUGCAACUCUGGAGGAUUUUCUUAAAAUGGGCCUAGUUCCUACUCACUGUUUAAGGAAUACAAGGAUAAAUAUCAGGUGACAAUCUAAAAGCUCUAACUUACACCAUACAAAUAAUUUUUCAAUCAGGGUCAAACACAAGAACUUUAAGAUCAAGCCAACCUCUUUCUCAAAAGGUGACCUGAGUAGGUAUGUAAGCUAUAACAGUUUAUAGCUUAUGCAUUCAACGUGGGUUUUAUUUGGUCUUCUAAAGUAGUUAGAUGACAUUCUAUUUGAGAUAAUAUGAAACUGGACUGUAUGUAUGCAGAGAUAUAGUAAAUUCUGUGAUUCAUUAGCAUUAAAAAUCAAAGUUAAGCCCUCUAAUAGGAACAAACUAAUCUGGUAUUCGAAUUUUACACAAAGUUUAAAUAUUUAAGAUAUAGAGAAAUAAGGCCACACCAGGCACAGUGGCUCACGCCUGUAAUCCCAAAACCUUGGGAGGCCGAGGGGGGAGGAUCACGAGGUCAAGCAAUCGAGACCAUCCUGGCCAACAUGGUGAAACCCCAUCUCUACUAAAAAUAGAAGAAUUAGCUAGGCGUGGUGGCGCACGCCUGUAGUCCCAGCUACUUGGGAGGCUGAGGCAGGAGAAUCACUUGAACCCAGGAGGCAGAGGUUGCAGUGAGCUGAGAUCGCCCCACUGCACUCCAGCCUGGUGACACAGCAAGACUCUGUCUUAAAAAAAAAGGGGGGGGGAAGAAAUAAAGCCAGGCCGGGCACAGUGGCUCAAGCCUGUAAUCCCAGCACUUUGGAAGGCUGAGGCGAGCAGAUCACAAGGUCAGGAGUUCAAGACAGCCUGGCCAAUAUGGUGAAACCCCAUCUCUACCAAAAAUACAAGAAUUAGCCAGGCAUGGUGGCGAAACUUAGUCCCAGCUACUUGGGAGACUGAGAGGCAAAAGAAUUGCUGCUGGGCGCGGCGGCUCAAGCCUGUAAUCCCAGCACUUUGGGAGGCCGAGGCGGGUGGAUCACAAGGUCAAGAGAUCGAGACCAUCCUGGUCAACAUGGUGAAACCUUGUCUCUACUAAAAAUACAAAAAAUUAGCUGGGCACGGUGGCAUGUGCCUGUAAUCCCAGCUACUCAGGAGGCUAAGGCAGGAGAAUUGCCUGAACCCAGGAGGCGGAGGUUGCGGUGAGCCGAGAUCACGCCAUUGCACUCCAGCCUGGGUAACAAAAGCGAAACUCUGUCUCAAAAAAAAAAAAAAAAAAGAAUUGCUUAAACCUGGGAGGCAAAGGUUGCAGUGAGCCGAUUACACCACUGCACUCCAGCCUGGGUGACAGAGCAAGACUCCAAAAAAAAAAACUACACACACACACAUACACACACACACACACACACAAAGAAAUAAAAGGAAAACAUAAAAUAUACCAAGCCUUACCAUUCUGUAAAUUGUUAAAGGAACAAUUGAAAUUAUCAAUAUAAAUCAAUUAAGAAUUUUUGGCAUGCCCAUUUAUUCAACAUGAUUAGGUAACUGUAUCAUAUAUAUGUUCCAUACAGGAGUAUCAAGAUUUUUUUAAAAAAAAACAGAACACUGAGUAUUAAAAAAGUAUUGUGGCCCUAAUUAAAUCCUUGAUGCAGAAGGCACUUCAGUAAUUUUCAGUGCUUCAAAGUCAUUAACAUCACUGUACAGUAAUGAAGAAAAAAUUUGUACCAGGUGUAAUUUCCAGUAUCUAUGCAAGAAAACCUUACUUGAGGCAUUUUCUUUUUUCUUUCUUUACAACUGAAAUAAAAUAAGCAUUAGUACGAUUUUUACAAAUAUUGUUUAUUUUAAUGAAGCUGGUACAGACAAUGUCCAUUUAAAACCCAUAUCCCAGGCCAAAAAGGUACAAAUAAAAUCAAAAAGAGCAGUGUUCUGUUGUAUUCAUUUCUGCAUGUAUAGCUUUAUUAACUGCUAAUGAAAAUUAGAACUUUUCUGGGAUCUUCUGACAAGAUUUUUUAAAAACCUUAAAAUGCCUUUUCUUCAGUGAAGCCAUCUCUGGAGUUGUCAUUACUCUCACCUUAUCUGUCAUCUUGACUUCAACCUGAUAUUCCUCUUCUUUUGGUCCAGACCCUCAAAUUUUAAAAGUAGCUUCAUUAAGGAAAGGUCAUUUUUCCACAGUUCAGUUCUCUGAAAAACUUCCAUCUCCCACUGAAAGUCACAGUCCAGGAGUGAAGCAAUCACAUGCUACAACAUCAGGGCCAAUUAGAAAGUCAUUAUGAACACUUGCAUUGGUCGAUCUUAUUUAUCACCACAAGCCUGAAAAUGCAAUGUCCUGAAAAAGGUGCCCUCUCUGUGCACACGUAAUUUUUAAAAAGGAAAGGGCAAUAUGAAGGGGACUGAGGCUUGAUCACCAAAAAUCAGCACAAUGAAAACAAACAAUAAUGAAUAAUGACCACCAGAAUUCAAAUUACCAGAUGUUUCAAAGAGAUGGGGUGCCAGUUUUCAAUUCUGUUUUGAACACCACAUUACAAAAGAACUAGUUUUAAAAAUAAAAAAGGAUUGAGGGAAAAGAAAAAAAAAUAAAAA